ACCGUGCCCAACGAUGCGAGUCAACUCUAUGCCCCACCAGGUCAUCUACAACUACGCCACUACCUAUCCCUGAUCGCCGCAAAUCCUACAGUCUGCCUUUUCUAACGACCGAGCGUAUGACCGCCUGAGCACUACUACCUCCAUUGGCUCACCGCAUUGCGAAACCACCGUGCCCUGUGACCUCUGAGGCUGUGAAGCUAGCUGUCGCACAAAUACUCGCUCUUCCCUUCUCCGCAGCUCGUCAACCUUACAACAAACAAACAUGGCAUACAACAGAGGCUACAACCCCGACGCCCUCCCCGCCCACGCCGAGCCUGACCAGGCCGCAGCAGCCCUCAGUGGAGGGGGCAGUCUUUCUCACGCCCACUCUUACUCGCGCACCUCGCCGCGUCCGGGACACGCGUCUCCGCAUCUAGGACCAUAUGCCUCGAAGCCGCAGCCUCCUUCCCCUCAUGGCGCCUACGGUCGUCCGGCGCCAGACCCGUAUGGCCGUCAUGGUAGCUACGACACGGGCCGUCAGCACUCGCCGCGUCCGCCCCCAAACAGCUCAUUUGCCCACUCCGGCUAUGGAUCACCGCCACCCCAAAACUAUGGCGCCGCGCCCCCUCCUUCGAGCUUCAACCACGGCAGGCCGCCGCUCAGCCCCCACGCACGUCCGCCUGUCAGCAGCACACCUGCGCCCAGAGAUCCCAACGAUCGUGACGCGCUGUGGAGGUUAUUCGGCGCUGUGGACAAGAAUCAGACGGGACAAUUGAGCUUUGACGAGUUAAGGAAGGCACUGGUGAACGGCGACUGGACGGCCUUUGAUACACACACCGUGCGCAUGAUGAUUCGGAUGUUCGACACGGACCGCUCAGGAACGAUCAACUUCGAAGAGUUCUGUGGCCUUUGGGCUUUCCUCGCGGCCUGGCGCACGCUUUUCGAUCGCUUCGACACUGAUCGCAGCGGCAACAUUUCAUUCAACGAGUUUUCGGACGCGCUCAUCGCCUUUGGAUACAGACUGUCGCCGCAAUUCGUCACACUUCUAUUCCGCACCUACGACCGCGGCAACCGGAAUUCGAUUUCGUUUGAUCUCUUCGUCCAGGCCUGCAUCAGUUUGAAGAGGAUGACGGAUGUUUUCAAGCGGUUCGACGAGGACAGGGACGGAUAUAUCACUCUUAGCUUCGAGGAGUUCCUCACAGGUGCACAGUCCCUCUUCCUGUUUAACUCGAUAUCCGAAGAUACUGAUACCGGCCUCUAUUAAAAGAAAUCAUUCGGCAACGUUGAGACCAUCGGUGCGAGAACAGACGAACACGGCGGCACUUCAGGAACGCCGCGCUUACCAUGGACGGCCGGUACAAGCAUAGAUGCGAUCUCAGCGGCUGCCAAAAGUUUCGGCGCGUUGGGAAUGGCGCUCAGGUUUCAAAUUUGCGUUGCUUUAGUAUCGGGACAAUGGCGGACUUUAUGAUAGUGCAAGCUAGUCAGGGUAUACCCCGACAAUGGUGAUUUGAUUUGAGACGGGCGGGGUGAGAGCUAACUCCUUUUUUCGCGAUAUCCUAUGGUUGUUUUUUACUGCGUAGUUUAAUCAGAUCACCAUCACCAGAACC